GCUCAUCACAAUUCUCAUACCACCAUCCUUUCAUGUUCUCACCUUUAUCUUCUUUUAACAAAGAUUUAGACAGGAACCAAGAACGACGAGAAAAAAAUGGGCAGGUUACGGUUUCUUCUCGGUGUUUUCCCUUUCCUCGCUCUUCUUCUCUGCUUCUUCCUCUCGUACACCCAUCUCUCGCCGACCACCAUUCUAGUCAAGAACGAGAUGAUCGCAUCGCCGCGAGAAUUCAGCAUUCUUAUAGGAAUCCUGACUCGUGCUGAUCUCUAUAACCAUCGCCACUUCCUUCGAAUUCUCUACGGCAUACAGUCAUCCUCCAUCGCCCACGUUGACGUCAAGUUCGUAUUCUGCAACCUCACAAAGGAAGAACAAAGAGUACUAGUCUCCCUAGAGAUGCUACGUUACGACGACAUCAUCGUCCUCAAUUGUACCGAGAACAUGAACCAUGGCAAAACCUACACGUACUUCUCCUCUGUCCCUAAAGUUCUUUCCCGUCGCUACGAUUACGUUAUGAAAGCCGACGACGACGUGUACAUCAGGCUGGAGCAGCUAUCUGCAUCGAUCGGACGGUUGGAACUAAAACGAGAUUUUUAUUACGGGUUUGUGAUCCCGUGCAAGAGUCGAGAGCCGUUCGUGGAGUACAUGUCGGGGAUGGCGUAUCUGCUCUCGUGGGAUUUGGUGGAGUGGAUAUCCGAGUCUGAGAUUCCAGCGACGGAUACGGUGGGGCCGGAGGAUAAGUUGGUCGGAAAGUGGUUGAGGACGGGAGGGAAGGGGAGGAACAGGUUCACGGAGAAGCCGGCGAUGUACGAUUAUCCGGGGACCAACGGAGGUUGUUCUCAUGAGCUUCUUAAGGAGACGGUGGCCGUGCACAGGCUCAAGAGACAGGAACAGUGGCUGGACGUGAUUAGGUUCUUUAACGUCACCCAAGGGAUCGAAUCCUCGUUUCUACAUUAAUUAAUUAUGUUUGAUUGUGUUAUGGAUGCGCGUGGUGUUUGACUUGAUCAUGAAAGAUCCCGUUCAGAUGAUAUUAGCCCAAAUUUCAUCAUCUUUUGGAUU